AUGGCGUUAAAUACAACAACAACAACAACAACAACAACAACAUCCCCAGAACAAGAACAAGAAGGCUACACUGUGGUUGGCGUUGCGUCUUCUCAGAAUGCUCAGCUUGUGAAGUCUUGCGGCUGUGCGCACUUUGUCGACAGGAAAUCACCAACUGUGAAGCAAGAGCUCAUAGACCUUGGACCUUUUGAGGCCGUCUUGGCGGCUGCUGACGCAGCCCCUGAUCAGCCUGUGUUGGGGGCUGUCUUGGCUGCGCAUGGCGGGGGCACCUUUCUGUCGACAAUGGGUUUGCGAGCGGGUGUGGAGUUGCCGCCAGGAGUGAACGGAGCCUUUACGGCCGUCAUGGAGCCCUACCUUAACCCAAAGAAACGGGAGUUUACUGAGUGGGUGUGGUGGGAGUUCUUGGAAAGCGAGCUUACGUCUAUGCGGCUGCAGCACGUACCAAUUCGAAUUCUAGGGGGCCUAGACAAGGUGCAGGAGGCAUGGAAUCUGUUGAAGGAGGGAAAAGUCAGCGGCCAAAGACUUGCUAUUACACCUAGCCUUUAG